CCAGAGUUAGCUACAAUACAUACAGGUUAGGCAUAUGUGCCCUCCUUUUGCUCCUUCAACGGGAACAUCAAAUCCAAGUUCGAGCUACGGAGAUGGAAUUCCGAAACGACCAUCUUUGCUCAAAAAAGCUAUAAAAUGCAUCGCCACAUUGAAAGACGCAUCAAAAGAACAUCGUAUACCACCACCAAACCUCACAUCGAUGUGCUCUUAUUCUGGCUAGGAAGAAAGCCACCGGAAGUAUUUUCUCAGUUUCAUUUUACUGUACACUAAGAUCAGGUAGUAUAUUAGAGUCCUUUUUUGGUUUAUAUGAGAUCUGCAUUCUACCACCAUUAAAUAAAUGUAGUUAAAAUCGGCGAUUCAUGUUGGUCCCAACUCAUGUCAAGCCUUAAUCAAAAGUUGCCUCCAGUUCAGAGCUUUGGGAUCUGGAAUCGCUUGUCGACUUACGUUUUGUUUCUUUCAACCUCGGCAGAUGAUGAUACCAUGUAGCAUAUUGAUAAGACAACUUGUGUCCGGGAUAACUGCGUCAUGACAUACUG